AUGGACAAUAACGAAGAACAUUAUGAAGUAGAAUAUGUCUUUGGUAAAAGAUUAGAUAAAGGAAAUAUAGUAGAUUAUGCUGUUAAAUGGCUUGGAUAUGAUAAAAAACAUCAUACUUGGGAACCUAUUUCUAGUUUCAGUGCAGCAUCCUUACUUUUAAUUGGGUAUUUAUAACUUUAUAUAUAUUUAUAUAGUCGAUUCGAAAGAUAUUUAGCAUAUAAAAAUUAUUACAAAUUAAUAGCAAAGAAAGUAGAGAAAGUUAAAUAACCUAAAAAACCAGAUGAACCAAUAAGAGUACAUAUUAGAAACAGAUUCACUUAAGUAUUAAUAAAAGAGGCUGAAAUUAUAAAUAUAGAGUUAGAUACUGAUGAAAUUGUUUAAAAAAAGGAAACCUUUUAAAUAAAUGAUGAUGAUGAUCCUGAUGUUUAAAUAGUAAGUGUAAAUUUUAAACCAAUUAAAUAAAAUGAAUCUAAAGAUCUAAAUAAAUUUAAAGUUUAGAAAGUAUCACAAACUCUUGAUUUCAAUCGAAUGAUGCAUAUUAGAUAAUAAUAGUUUAAUCCAAUUAAAAUAAAUACUUAUAAAAGUAAAUAUAAAGUUGAAAAGGAUUAUUUAAAUGAAAUCAUAUUUGAGUAAAGAUAGAAAGAGAAAGAAGUAAAUAUGUUAAGAUUUACAGAAAUUAAUGAUAAGUUUGAACCUUCUUAACCUAUUAAAUUAAUAUCAGAUUAUACUUAAACUGAAGGAUUUUUAACAUAAUAAAAUGUCUAUCGUAAUCAAUAAUUCUAACACAGAGUUUUUAAUUAAAAAGUUCCUAUUGAAUUUAUACAAUCUCACAAUCUGAUUUAAAAUGAAUUAUGGUUUAAAUGUCAAAGUGAUGAAUAAGAAAUCUUAUUUUUAGAUCUUUAAACACUCUAACAAAAUUAUUCAACUUUGUUAUUAGAUUAUUUGGCUGCAUUUAGUGUAAUGAUUUGA